AUUUCUGAUAGCUCCCAUGGCUGCCUCCUACGCAAGCCCUGCAACUGCUUGCAGACUUCACAAAGGCCAAAACCCUUCAUCGCAUUUUUCUUCUAAAUCCCUCAAAUUCACCGCUUUCCCUUCUUCUUCCUUCAUUGCCAGAACCGUCGCUCGUACUUCCUCUUCUGCCUCUUUCGCGCUAACCAGAGACGCCGCUCCUGUUCUUCUCAUGGAUAACCUGGAGAAGGAAGAUAAUGUGUCGGUUCCGAUUCAACGACCCGAUUCGUUUGGUCGGUUCGGUCAAUAUGGCGGCAAGUAUGUCCCUGAAACUCUUAUGUAUGCUCUGACUGAACUCGAGGCUGCGUUCCAUUCCCUGGCUUCUGAUGAAGAAUUUCAGAAAGAACUGAGUGGGAUUCUGAGAGAUUAUGUUGGUAGGGAGACUCCGCUUUAUUUUGCUGAGAGGUUGACAGAGCAUUACAAGCAUCCUAACGGUGAAGGGCCCCACAUAUAUCUAAAAAGGGAAGAUCUUAACCACACUGGGGCUCAUAAGAUCAACAAUGCUGUUGGCCAAGCCUUACUUGCCAAGCGAUUGGGCAAGAAACGCAUUAUUGCUGAAACUGGAGCUGGUCAGCAUGGAGUUGCCACUGCCACUGUCUGUGCUAGAUUUGGGUUAGAAUGCAUAAUUUAUAUGGGUGCACAAGACAUGGAAAGGCAGGCACUUAAUGUCUUCAGGAUGCGUCUUCUUGGUGCUGAGGUAAGAGCAGUGCAUUCUGGGACUGCUACGCUGAAGGAUGCUACAUCAGAAGCUAUAAGAGAUUGGGUGACUAAUGUGGAGACAACUCAUUAUAUUUUGGGUUCAGUUGCUGGGCCGCAUCCAUAUCCGAUGAUGGUAAGGGAGUUUCAUGCAGUGAUUGGCAAGGAAACUAGAAGACAAGCAUUGGAGAAAUGGGGAGGGAAACCAGAUGUGCUAGUAGCAUGUGUUGGGGGAGGUUCAAAUGCCAUGGGACUUUUCCAUGAAUUCGUUGAUGACAAAGAUGUGAAGCUAAUUGGAGUGGAAGCUGCUGGUUUGGGUAUUGAUAGUGGCAAGCAUGCUGCAACGUUAUCAAAAGGAGAAGUUGGGGUUUUGCAUGGAGCUAUGAGCUAUCUUUUGCAAGAUGAUGAUGGUCAAAUUAUUGAGCCUCACUCGAUCAGUGCAGGCUUGGACUACCCUGGUGUCGGGCCAGAGCACAGUUUCUUGAAAGAUAUAGCACGUGCUGAAUAUUACAAUGUUACUGAUGAAGAAGCAUUGGAAGCAUUCAAGAGAGUGUCCAGACUAGAAGGCAUAAUUCCAGCGUUGGAGACAUCUCAUGCUCUAGCUUAUCUCGAGAAGCUCUGCCCAUCUCUUCCGGAUGGAACAAAGGUCGUCGUUAACUGCAGCGGCCGAGGCGACAAGGAUGUUCAAACGGCCAUCAAGCAUCUCAAAGUAUGAAGCUGAUGGAGAAAUUCUUGAGCAGACCUAGUUAAUGGAAAAUUCUGUGCGCCAAGCUGGUUACAAAGAAACAUAUAAACAUGUCUAAGCUCGAUCUCACUUAAAAGCUUGUGUGGCUGCAUGUUUAUGCGUGUGUUUGUGAUUGGGUUGGUCUAUAUAUAUUGUUGGUGAGUCAAGUCUACUUUAACAGUUCUUCAAGGCGGUGGUCAUGUUGUUUCUCUAUGACUAGUCAAGAGUCUGGGUUCAGGAGCAGCAUUUGUUUGGGAAUGUUAUGUGAGAAGUUUUGCAGGUGAAGCUAUUUCUUGUUUCUCGUGACAUUGGUUAUACUUCUGUGUUUUUUUUUUUUUUAAUAAUUGUUGUUGGCGCUCAAUAAUGAGACAUUGGAAAGUGAUGUACUA